AUGUCGAGCUCUCUGCAAAAAAUCUGGAAGAAUGGUUACGCCCUUCGAGCAACCAGCAUAGGCCCAUUAUCCAGGCCAUUUUCUGCUUCAGCGGAUGCACUGGUAGAGUACAAACCUGGGGAGAUCGGCAUGGUCUCUGGCAUCCCCCAGGACCACCUUCGCAGGAGAGUUGUCAUUUACUCACCUGCUAGAACUGCAACUCAACAAGGAUCUGGAAAAAUUGGAAGGUGGAAGAUCAAUUUUAUGUCAACACAAAAGUGGGAGAAUCCAUUGAUGGGGUGGACAUCCACAGGGGAUCCAUAUGCCCAUGUCGGGGACUCUGCACUCAAUUUUGACAGUGAAGAAGCUGCAAUGGCAUUUGCUGAGCGACAUGGUUGGGACUAUGUGGUUAAAAAGCGCCACACACCGCUAUUGAAGAUUAAGGCGUAUGCAGACAACUUCAAGUUCAAGGGGCAUCCCAAAACUGAUGACAAGUAA